AUGGAACUUGCACUGCGCUUGCUAUCGUACAGUCACAGCGCACAACUUGCGCAGCGCAAGCAAGAACAGCAAGUUUGUCCAGUGUGCCUCGAUGAGCUUCCAGGCUACAGGGGCUUGUUCCUUGAAUGCGGUCAUUUCGGUUGCUGCGAGUGUUUGCGGCAAAUGGCGACGUUGCACAUUACGGAGGCAGAUGUGACAGUUUUGCGCUGUCCAGUAGCGGACUGCCGCAGGGGCUUUGACGCAUCAGUGCUUCGUGAGCUGCUGGGUCCAGACUCGGCAUUGAUGCAGCGAUGGGAGGAAUUGAGCUUUCGACAAUGCCUGACCGAAAUGGAGGAUGUUGUUUUCUGCCCCCGAUGCAGCGACAGCGGGGAGCAUGUCCCGUGCAUUCAAGACAGCGACUGUAUGGCUAGCUGCGAAGUUUGCGGCUUUUUGUUCUGUGGACGCUGCCGCGCAGUCUAUCAUCCUGGUGUUGAAUGCGCAUCCGCAGAUGAUCGCAUGCAAGCGCUCGAAGUGCGGGCAGCUGGCAGGGGCGCAGAGGCGACUGCAGCUCGUGCAGAGUUGCUGAGUCUCAGACACUUGGCAAAAACUACCAAGAGUUGCCCAAAAUGUCGGAUGGGCAUUGAGAAGACCGAAGGCUGCAGCAAAGUGCUUUGCACGAGCUGCAAGAUUCACUUCUGCUGGCGAUGCGGCAAACAAAUCACGGGCUACGAUCACUUUGCUACCAGCGAGUGCCGCCUGUUUGAUGAUGAUGAGAUCCGACGAUGGAACCAACGAGUCCACCAGGUUGACAAGGCACAAGCCCGGGCACAAGAAGCUCGAUUCCUGGCACAAUUCAUUGAUCCCGCGCAAUUGUGGCAGCAGACUCGCCAAUGCCCUCGAUGCAAGGCCCCGGUUCCACGUGAAGGCAAGAAUAACCAUUUGCGGUGCUUCGCGUGCAUGACGCAAUUCUGUGCCAGGUGCUGGGAGAUCUUGCCAAAAGGUAAGGCCAAUGACCACUUCAACAAGUACAGGAUAUGCCCGCAGCAUUCCGACGACUGA